AUGGCCGCCUCCAAACCGACUAUCGUCAUUAUCCACGGCGGCUGGCACGUCCCAGAAAGCUACGAGAAGCUCAUAUCAGUGCUUAGAAAUGCCAACUAUGAAGUCCAUUGCCCACGAUUACCAUCAACCAACCAGAGCCGACCCCCCAACGCCGACCUUUACACUGAUUCGGAUCUCGUGCGCACCUAUGUCUCGAGCCUCGUGCAGGCCGGGCGCUCUGUAGUUGCCUUAUUGCACUCCUAUGGCGGACAAGUAGGCACCGAUGCGCUUGUUGGUCUCGGGCAAGCGACUCGAACGAAAGAGGGUCUCUCAGGGGGUGUCUCGCACCUUAUCUAUCUGGCUGGGUACGCGGUGGCCGAGGGGGUAGCCAUGAUGGACAAAGUUCGGGAAUUUGGCCAUAUGGAUCUGGUGCCGAUGGCAUUUGAUUUUUCUGAUGACGAUACUUGUGUGAGCACUGAUCCGCGUAUAUUGUUAGUUGGUUCUAGUGACCUUGCUCCCGACGAGGUGGACAAGUACCUGGCGACGCUCGUCCGCUGGAAUGGAAAGUGCAUGUAUCUGCCCUCGCGCCACGCUGCCUGGCGCGAAAUUCCCGUUGCCUAUGUUUACAGCUCUCAAGAUAUGACGGUACCGUUAACCUACCAGACCAGCUUCGUUGAGGACAUGGAGAAGGCUGGCCGCUCUGUACGGACCUUUGAGCUUGCCACUGGCCAUUGCCCUCAUCUGACGGCCACCGCUGGAGUGGUCGACGCCAUUCAGCACGUUUGUAGAUAG